AUCAAAGAUACUUGGAUACAUGGCAGGGAUUGCCGGAGGGUAUUCACUAUUGGGUUUCACAAAGAAGGAUGCUUAUAAUUACCUUGACCGGACUAAGCGCGCAAGGAUCGCAGAUGGGGACGCAAAUUCUGCCAUUGUCUAUUUGGAGGGAAAGGCUUCUGUGGACCCCAUGGAAAUGGCGAGGUAUAACUUGACUAAGGAGGGUAUGUUGGCCAACUUGUUUUGGGCCGAUGGAAUGAGCAGAGUUGAUUACCAACACUUUGGUGAUGUCAUCGCAUUUGAUUUGACGUACAAAAAGAACAAGUACAAGAGACCGCUUGUAAUAUUCUCGGGUGCAAACAACCACAAACAGACGACGAUCUUCGGGUUUGGGUUAGUGUUGGACGAGAAGAUUGCUUCGUACAAGUGGAUGCUAGAAAAUCUCCUUGAGGUGAUGUGUAAUAAAUUUCCAUCUGUUGUAGUCACAGGCGGUAAUGAUGCCAUCAUUGCCGUAGUUACGGAAGUUUUUCUUAGCGCUACCCAUCGCCUAUGUGCUUGGCAUCUACAAAAGAAUGUUACAACUAAUGGGAACGAGCAGAUGUUCAGGGACUUAUUUUCGAGGUGGUUGUAUGCGGAUAUGUCGAUAGAUGACUUUGAAGCGGAAUGGGCUGAAGCAGCGGAUGAAUACGGGUUACAUGAUAAGUUGUGGGCAAAGCAGAUGUACGAAAAAAGAAAGAUGUGGCUGAAUGCAUACCGUCACGACAAGUUUUGUGUUGGGUUUCGUACCACAUCACGAUGCGAGGGUAUAAAUUCGCAUGUGAAGAAAUUCCUUACCUCGAAGCACACUAUACUGGAGCUUGUGCAAAACCUUGAGCUAGUCCUUCGUGAAUACCGGAACAAUGAGAUGGUUGCACAGUUCAACUCCAUUUAUAACGUCCCUGUUAUGACGACGUGCCUCAAUCCAAUCGAAAAAUGUGCUGCCAUGGUAUAUAUGCGGACCAUUUUCACCACCGUGAAAAAGGAGAUAGAUGCGGUUGGAGCUCUAAACUUUGUUAGUAAGCGGAGGGUGUCGACGACGGUAAUGUACACAAUGGAGGAGUAUGGUAAUCCCGGGCAGCCAGUGGUUACUUUGAUCGACAUGAACACGAAAAAGUUGGAGUUUAGAUGUAACUUUCGUGCUAGAGAGGGGAUACCUUGUCGACAUAUGUUUUUUGUGAUGAAGCAUGAGCACUUGAAGACUAUUCCACAUCGGUUAAUUUUGAAACGAUGGCGUAAGGACGCUAAGGCCAUUGAAGACUACUCAGAAAAGAAGGACGUAGCUAAUGAUUGGGGAUUCUUGCUUCGGCAUAGUGCCUUACAUGCGGUAACUUAGUGGUUGUUGUUUGUUGGUGUGCAGAACCAUGAGCUAUUUAAUGUAGCGAUGAGGGGAAUUCGUAGCAUGUGUGUUGACAUGGAGGGAAUGCAUGGGGAUGGCUAUGAUUAGACCAACACAAAUCCUAAAGUUGGUGUGCGUGAUCCAGCUGUCAUGCGGACGAAAGGGGCUCCUAGUAUCCGGGGGGUAAGGGGUAAGAAAAAAAGAUGCACGACUUGCAGGCGAACUGGGCACACCAAGCGAAGGUGUGUUGAAGGGUUCAAAAAGGCGUCUGUUAAGCUGCACGACUUGGAAGACGAUGCUGCUGUGAUACCACACAAAGAAAAGUCCCCAAAUUUGAACCAGGUUGCAAAGGGUAGAAGUGCUCAGGUUGAUGGGGAUGAAGGCAUAGAAGCCGAUUAUGAGUUGGAUCGCGUCAUUGUAACAGCGCAAAGUGAGACGGUUAAAGCCAAGGCGUGCAAGCUGGAGGGAAAUUGGGCCAUUGAGGUCCUGGACCUCCUUUGUUCACUCCACGCACACGUUGAGUACAAAUGACAAGUUGGUUCAUCCAUGUUUUUGUUACAUAAGCCAUGAUGUCGAAGCUAUGUACUUCUUAAAGGGACCUUUUGUAUACUAAUUUGUAUGAUAUGAAUAUUAUAUGUUGCUGGUCACACUAGUACUCUGUUAGGUCAUUGUUGACGAGUUUACGCAUGUGGAGUUUGGUCUUAUCUUAGAAUUCUUUUGGCUUGUC